AUGCCUGAAGAAAUGGUGAAAAGGUCACCUUCUCAAGAAAAAUAUGGAAGUGUUCAAUCUGCAAUAAGGCUACUUGUGAUGCUAUUGUUGCUGGGUUGGAUUUUCAUUUGGAUAAUGAUGCCCACAAAUACAUACAGGCAUGGAUGGUUGCUUCAACUCCAAGCAAAGAGUAGUUCUACCUAUUUUGGUGCACAAGGUACAACACUUCUGAUUUCAACUUUUCCAAUCUUGUUCAUAGCUGCUUUGGGAUGUGUCUACCUCCACAUAGCCAAAAAAACAAAUGGUUACAACAUGGAAAGCUGCAAUGACCAGAAACGUGUGGUAACCAUAUGGAAGCGACCGAUGCUUGUAAAAGGCCCUCUUGGCAUUGUUUCUAGCACAGAGCUUGCAUUCUUGCUUAUGUUCAUUGCACUCCUAGUUUGGACCUUUGCAACUUUUUUACACAACCACUUUGCAACAAUCACACAGAAAUCAGCAGCAGCCAUCGGCGAGAAAGUAUGGCAAGUGAAACUAGAUGCUGCAGCACUAGGGUUGGCUGUGACAGGGAACAUAUGCUUGGCAUUCCUUUUUUUCCCGGUAGCUCGUGGCUCAUCAGUGCUGCCACUGCUUGGCCUUACCUCAGAGAGUUGCAUAAAGUACCAUAUUUGGCUUGGAAACAUGGUCAUGACACUAUACACUUUUCAUGGCCUUGGUUACAUCAUCUAUUGGGCAGUUACCAAUCAAAUUUCUCAGAUGCUGACAUGGUCCAAAGUUGGAGUAUCACAUGUGGCUGGAGAGAUAACUUUGCUGUUUGGUUUGUUCAUGUGGGUUGCAACCAUUCCACGCAUUAGGCGAAAAGCCUUUGAGCUCUUCUUCUACACUCAUCACCUCUACAUCCUCUUCAUAGUCUUCUUCAUCUUUCACGUUGGCAUAUCCUAUGCCUGCACUAUGCUCCCUAGUUUCUACCUCUUCUUGGUUGAUCGUUACUUAAGGUUUCUGCAAUCAAGGAGCCAAGUUCGUUUGGUUUCUGCUCGUGUUUUGCCAUGCGAAACUGUAGAGCUGAACUUCUCUAAGGGCCAUGGGUUAACUUAUAAUCCCACAAGUGUGAUGUUAAUAAAUAUACCAAGCAUAUCCAAGCUGCAGUGGCAUCCAUUUACAGUUGUUUCUAAUAGUAACUUGGAGCAAGAAAUGCUUAGUAUUGUCAUUAAAAGUGAAGGAACAUGGACCAAGAAGCUCUACCAGCUAAUUUCAACUCCUUCCCUAAUAGAUAAUCUUGGUGUAUCCGUUGAAGGUCCUUAUGGACCUGUUUCAAGUAAUUAUCUAAGGCAUGACACUCUAGUGAUGGUGAGUGGAGGAAGUGGCAUAACACCUUUUAUAUCCAUCAUUCGAGAACUAAUAUAUCUGAGCACUACAUUCAAAUGCACAACCCCAAAAGUUGUCCUGAUUUGUGUAUUCAAGAACUCUUCAUGUCUGUCAAUGCUAGAUUUGAUACUCCCAAUUUCUGGCUCCCCUUUUGACAUUUCUAGUCUGCAACUACAAAUUGAGGCCUACAUCACAAGAGAUAAGGAGCUUAAGAGAGACAACCCAAUUAACCUUCAAACUAUACGGUUCAAGCCAAAUCCAACUGAUGCACCCAUAUAUGCUGUAUUAGGUCCAAACAGUUGGCUUUGGCUUGGUGCUAUAAUAUCAUCCUCUUUCAUCAUUUUCCUUAUAAUAAUUGGUAUUAUUAACCGUUACUACAUUUUCCCCAUCGACCAUAACUCGAAUCAAAUAUUCUCAUUUCCUUUGAGGUCGUUCCUUGACAUGCUAGUAAUAUGUGUGUCCAUAGUCAUUGUUGCUAGUGCAGCAGUUCUAUGGAACAAAAGACAAAAUGCUAAAGAUGCAAACCAGAUUCAGAACUUGGAAGGGUCAUCACCAACAGUGUCACCAUCAAUGAUUUGCAAUGCAGAUAGAGAAUUGGAAAGCCUUCCAUACCAGACCCUUGUUCAAGCUACCAACGUUCAUUUUGGUGCAAGACCUGACCUAAGAAGACUGCUAUUGGAAUUCAAAGGACCGAGUGUGGGAGUUCUUGUUGCAGGACCCAAGAAAAUGAGGCAGGAGGUUGCAGCCAUUUGCUCAUCUGUUUUAGCUGAAAAUCUGCAUUUUGAGUCCAUUAGCUUUAUCUGGUGAUUUUACUCAUACUGUUGUAAAGGGUUCAAAACAUUAAUGAACAACCUCUAU